AUGUCAUUACCCAACCAUAUCUUUGCUACUACUGAGCCGUCAGAAACGCUACAGACGACGCUCGAAUCUCAAAAGAUGACCCUAGACUGGCCUUCCUCAGCGUCGAUAGCCCCCGAGCUUCCGUCAAAUCGAACCCAAGAGCACGAUUUCUCUAUUUCAAGUUCACACUAUCCUCAAACAACCACCGAUUUACAACAGCUACACCAGGAACCAUGUGCGACAGAGAUGGAGCUUCACCCUGUGGAUUAUGCCACUGGCAACGAGGACUUUUUGUAUCCGGUUACUUCUCAAAUUGAACCGGAUCUAUUAGAUCCUUGGAUACCGAACUUUCAUGGCGAGCCAUCGAUAUAUCCAACUGGAACAAUAAGCCAAGGUCAAUACAACAUAGAGCAGAUAUUACCGUGGAAUAAUACACUCGGCGAAGAAAUCUGCGAUUUCGACAAUUUGAUCCCUAUACAAUUUCCUCAACCCCAGCUGGUAGGGAUCCAAGGAAGCACGGAGCAGAAUCUGGAUGAGCACCAGGCCAUUGAGUAUGCCUCUUCGAUGUCCACUAGCAGUGCAGAAUCUUUAGAGACGAUAAAAGAUCAUAGCCAAACAAAGAAAAACACCAAUAUUGCUAGAGGAAAUCUUAUCGAUGAAGUACUAAGGACACUCCGUCAGAUGGACCAUCAGAUUAGAGCUAUGCAUCGGAAACAUUUGGCUGAUAUAGUCCGCAGCAAUACAAUCUGA